AUGCCCUUUACAUUACCCAUGCACUGUGCCUCUCAAGCACAUGAGACGAUUCAAUGGGCUCUACUUAAAGAGAAACACUAUCCUGCUGUACGUAAUCCACUCUACCUUUCAAAGAUUCAGCAUCACGGUAUGACAGCCACUUGGCGUUUACGUGUCUGUCGCUGGAUGUUUGAGACGGCAAAGGAGUUUGAACUUCAGAUGGAUACGGUCUUUGGUGCCCUCCAUUUCCUUGAUCAAUACCUCAGUGUACACUCGGUGGAUCGUGUAACACUGCAGCUAUUGGGGAUGAUUUCGAUGUGGACAGCUAGUAAGAUGCACGAGAAUCGACCAAUCCUUCUUGAAGAAAUGGCUCUCAUGUGUGAACGUAAAUUCUCACGUGCACAAAUGAUUGAAGCCGAGGCAAAGCUUGUGCGUCUCGUGGGUUUUCGAUUUAAUCCCCCAAACGUGUUUACGAUGGCAAGGGAUUUUGUACAUGAGCUUCCCUUUGGUCAAGAUAAAGAUCGUCGUACGAACUGCGUUGUAUCCGUGUUUAACGUACUGGAGCGAGUAGUGGAGGAGAUCUCGUCACUUGACUGCACGGUCUCGAGUCUAGCCAAGGCUGCAGUUCAACUCGUGGCCAAGUCCGAGUAUAAUUUCACGGUCACGCAACUACUGGAGGCUCUCAAGCUUGUUAAAAUCGAAGAAAACGCCUAUCGCACAGCCUUUAAAAUUGUGCGUGGCGCCUACUUUGGUACACCCCCCGUCUCGACCAGGACUCAGACGCCAAAAGCUACAUCACCCGAGGUGAUGGUAGACCCCAUUAAGCCGCUGGCUCAAAGCCCCACGGCAAUUGAACAAGUACUGCAUAUCCAUGAUAAUGAAACGAAACCCUCGUUGCCCGUUGACGACAACGAAUUGGACGACUCGUACCUCAUCUGCACGGAGACGCUAUCUCCAUCACCAUCUCAAGCACCUCCUGCGCCCGUACGAACGGCUGCAUCGUCUUCAUCAACUAUUGGUGUCACUCGGACUGUGCCAUCACCUGAGCGGCCCGAUCCUGAUACCGAGAAACACAACAAACGUCAGCGUAAGCUGAACAUGUAG